CCUCAGUAUAUCUCCGCAUUCUUUCUCUACAAGGGGCAGGGAAAGGUCAAGGGAUCUUGUUUUUUGUCUUUUUCGUUAGAAAUGGCAACUGAAGACCAGCAGAUUGUAAUGGAGAGCCAACCACAGCAGCGUGCUGAGCUCAAUGUAGACGAGUCUGAUGUUGGAGUAGUCUAUUACAUAAUGGCUGGGAUCUCCUUCAUCUUCAUAAUACUGUUCUUUCCUUUCUCCCUACUCUACACAAUCAAAAUUGUUACUGAGUAUGAAAGAGCUGUUAUACUGAGAUUGGGACGAUUGUCCUCAAGGAAAGCUAAAGGACCUGGUUUAUUUUUUGUCAUUCCUUGCACUGAUACUGUCAAUAAAGUUGAUCUGAGAACAAUCUCGCUGGACAUACCACCACAAGAGAUUCUUACCAAAGACAGUGUGACAGUCCGUGUUGAUGCUGUUGUGUUCUACCGAGUGUACAACCCAACAAUGUCUAUCCUAAAUGUUGAAAACGUCAAUUCUGCUACUUACUUUGUAGCUCAGACGACCCUAAGGAACGUACUGGGAACUAAGAAACUCUCUGAGUUACUGACAGACCGUGACGCUAUUGGUGAUGAGAUGCAGCAAAUUUUAGACGAGGCAACAGAUCCAUGGGGUGUUAAAGUAGAGCGCGUUGAAAUUAAGGAUGUCAGUCUUCCCCAGCAGCUGCAGCGAGCAAUGGCUGCUGAAGCAGAAGCCUCUCGUGAAGCCCGUGCUAAAGUGAUAUCUGCCGAAGGUGAACAGAACGCUUCUCGUGUGUUACGUGAUGCUGCUAACAUUAUGGACGAGAGCCCCGCCUCCUUGCAGCUACGAUACCUCCAGACUCUCAACACCAUUGCUGCCUACAAUAACCACACCUACGUGUUCCCUCUGCCUGUUGAUCUUAUGAUGAAGCUAGUCUCGGGGGUAACCGCUAAUAAUCAACAAGGAGGGGGCGGGGAUCAAAAGUGAUGGGCAUUAAUUAGAGUUGAGCCGUACACGUCCAUCCGCACUGACUUAAGUUAAUGUAGUGAACUAUUAUUAAUAGUUGUUUUUGCUUAUUAUUGUCUUUUGUCUCGUAUGCACUUUCCUUUUAAAAAAUAUAUCAUUUUUGAAAACCAUGAUCAUGACA